CAAAUAGCUGUCCACUCGUUUUUUUUUUUUUUUGUUUAAAUUUUUAUUUUCUUAUUCAUUUUCAUAUUUUCUUUCCUCCUUUCUCUUCUUCGCCGAGCUUUCCAGAACCUGAAUUAUAGAGAGAGAGAGAGAGAGAGAGAGAGAGAGAGAGAUUGUUUUAGGUUUGAGAUCGUAUUUUUCUUGGACUCAUUUUCCACAUUGGUAUUUCCGGUACUUUGUUGGGUAAAAUCGCAGGGAUCAUAUUCGUUUUCUGAUUUUCUGGGAUUUUUUUCCCUCAAAAGGAAAAAAGAAAAAUUAAGCCAUUCGGCUACAUUUUGCUGAAUAGAGAUCUAUGGUUUGAGGUCUAGCAGAUUCUGGGUUAAUUGUGUCAGAACCGGUUUGUGCAAACGGGUUUAGAAGUCCCUUUCAGGUUUUCGAUUUUUUUUUCUUCUUCAAGAGUAAGUAUUCAACAUUGAUGGGUCUGGAUUUUUCUUCCGCGAGACGCCAUUGAUUCGGCGCAAAAGAAGUUCCAGUUUAUCACUAUAAAGCGACGGUGUCUUCUUUUUUUCUUUUUUUUUCUUUUUUUUGUUUGUUGCGUGUCUGGGUUUUCUUACUCGACGCGUGGCUUUUGGGUUUUUGACUCAGCGUAGAAACUGAGGGUCAGAGUGCUUCUGAAAACAGAUUACGAACAACUCUGUUUUUCGAUUGGGUAUCUCUGAUUUUUAACACAGAUCGCCAAGAUUGAAAAACCGUUUAAGAUCUGAGAGAGAUUCUAUCUUCUGAAAUUUGAUUUUGGAAAAAAGAAAAAAAAAAAAACGAAAAGAAGUAGAAAAAAAAGAUGAUGAGAAUGAAGACGAAGACGACUGGUAUAUCCCAGAUGAAUGGUGGUGGUGGUGGUGGAGCCGAGUCAACGACAUCGGAGUGGGAGCUUAGACCAGGAGGAAUGUUGGUCCAGAAACGUAUCGGCUCCGAUCACAACUCAAUCCCUCCGCCGACAAUUAGAGUUAGGGUUAAAUACGGCUCCAUUUACCACGAAAUCAGUAUCAGUUCUCAAGCUUCAUUCGGGGAACUGAAGAAAAUGUUAGUGGGUCCGACUGGUUUACACCAUGAAGAUCAGAAGUUGUUGUUCAAAGACAAAGAGAGAGAUUCGAAAGCUUUUCUGGACACUUGCGGUGUCAAAGACCGAUCGAAGAUUGUGUUGGUGGAAGACCCAAUUAGCCAAGAAAAACGCGUCCUCGAGAUGCGCCGCAAUGCCAAAAUGGAGAAAGCGUCAAAGUCUAUUUCAGAGAUCAGCUUGGAAGUCGAUAGACUCGCUGGCCGGGUUUCGGCUCUUGAAUCCAUAAUUUCUAAAGGUGCCAAAGUUGCAGAAACAGAUGUGCUUAAUCUGAUAGAGUUGUUGAUGAAUCAAUUGCUUAAAUUAGACGGAAUCAUUGCUGAUGGGGAUGUGAAAUUGCAGAGAAAAAUGCAGGUGAGGAGAGUUCAAAAAUAUGUAGAAACUCUGGAUAUGUUGAAGAUUAAAAACUCCAUGCCAGCAAGCAAUGGAGUUCACAGCCCUAUGCAAGUCCAACAGAGGCAUUCAAAUGGGCAAAUACAACCACCAGCAGUUCAUCAUGAGCAGAAACCAAGGCAUUCAAAUGGGCAUUCUUUUUUCCAUUUGGCAACAAAUCAGCAACAACAACAACAGCAACAAAAGCAACAAGAAGGAGCAUCAAGGAAUUCAACAUCAGGGCCAGUUGUUGUGACAACAAAAUGGGAGACAUUUGAUUCAACGCCGGGAUUGGUUCCAUCUACAUCAAAGCCGGCAACCAACAACGAUUCUGUUCAUCCUAAAUUCAAUUGGGAAUUCUUUGAGUAAAAAACCAGAAUACCACGUGUUUUGUUUGUGUGCUUUUGGAGAUGUGUUUUGGGGUUUUUUCUGUCUCCACUUGGUUUGCUUUUACUUUCUUCUCUUCAUUCUUUUCUGUAUUUAGAAAAAUGUUUUAGGCCCCCUUUUACUCUGUCAUUCAGUUCCUCAUAAAUAAAUGGGGUUUCUAUAAUAGUGAUUAUUAUUACUAUCAUCUGUCAUUUUCAUCAUUCAUGUUAUAUCUUUGGAUUCACUUUCCAUUGCAUGGCAAUGGUUUUCUCUUUGAUGGUGGAAAACACUUGUCUAUUUGUAGAUUUAUUACUUGAGAAAUUAGGAUCCAGACUUUCAUAUUCAGGUGAAUUGUAUCUUCAAAUGCAGUAAUAUUAUAUAUAUUGGAGCAUCUCUCUUUCUCUA